UCUCUCUCUCUCUCUCUCUCACACACACACACACACACACACACACACACACACACACACACACUUGCUGUGCUUGUUCAGUCUGGUGAAGCAGUCAGUCAGUCAGUGAUGUCUCUGGAUAACAGCUCAGUGGAUUUCCUCUCUGCGCUCUGGAACUUCUCGGUGGAGGAUGGUGGGGGGGAGAGCGGCGCGCGAGACCAAGCCGAGGCGCACAAGCCGAUGGUGCGCGCGCUGCUCUCAGUCUCCUACUCCAUCAUCAUCAUCAUCUCUCUGUUCGGGAACGCAGUGGUGUGUCACGUGGUGAUGAAGAGCAAGCGCAUGCACUCGGUCACCGGAGUCUUCAUCAUGAACCUGGCCAUCGCUGACAUCCUCAUCACCCUCCUCAACACACCCUUCACACUGGUGCGCUUCAUCUACAGUACCUGGGUGUUUGGAAAGGCGAUGUGUCAUGUGAGCCGUUUUGCUCAGUACUGCUCCGUCCACGUGUCUGUGUUCACACUCGUCGCUAUUGCCAUUGACCGACACCAGGUGGUGCUGCACCCGAUGAAGCAGAGGAUGUCCCGCCUCCAGGGCGUGGUCUGGGUUGGGGUGAUCUGGUUGAUGGCCACAUGUUUCUCUCUUCCGCAUGCCAUCUAUCAAACCCUGCUGCGCUUCGAGAUCGGCGAGGGGAACGUGAGGACGGUUUGUCUGCCCAGCUUCCCUCAGCCAUCUGACCUCUUCUGGAAGUACCUGGAUCUCGCUACCUUUGUCCUGCUCUAUGUGUUGCCGUUGGCAAUAAUCACCAUUGCUUACGUUGUCAUGGCAAAAAAGCUGUGGGCUCGCAAUGCCAUCGGCGACGUGACGCUGGCCCAGAGCUACGCCCACCGCCGGAGGAAGAGGAUGACGAUGAAGAUGCUGAUAGCCGUGGUGGCCGUGUUCGCCGUCUGCUGGUUCCCGCUGAACUGCUACGUGGUUCUGCUGUCUAGCAAAGUGAUCCCGGCUAACAACGCCGUGUAUUUCAGCUUCCACUGGCUGGCCAUGAGCUCCACCUGCUACAACCCCUUUAUCUACUGCUGGCUCAACCACAACUUCAGAGCCGAGAUCAGGUCGCUGCCGCUCAUCGGCCGCCGUGGCAGAAUCAGCAACCAGCAGACCUGAAGACCACGAGAACUUCUCAUCCACUUUAUCUCUCCAUCUUGAGUGUAUUUUACAUCCAUCUUUAUUUUGUCCCAGUUGAUCCAGCGUAUUUUACAUCCUUCUCUGGAUUUUUAAACGUGUGAUAUAUGCAUUUAACCCAGAUUUUUUGAUGGUCCUAAGUAAGAUAUAGAGGUAAAUUUAUUUCCAGUUGGUGGUAGAGAUGGCAGAGUGCCAUUAUUUAUCAGUAAGGUAUCGAUAUUCAGUCUAGAAUUUUGAAUUUAUCGUUAAAAAAAUCCAAAUUCUUUAUAUUUUUCUGUAGAAAGGAGUCAAAUUUGUGUAGAGUGUGAUGUUGAUGUUCCUGUUAACAACAUGAGAAAACAGUCUAGCCAUCUAGUUAAAGAUAGAAAUCUAUUUAAAGAGGUCAGGAGGAGUUACGAGGUUUAUCUUAGCACCCGUAUCAGCUCACAUCAGUUUCUCUAGCGAACUCUUGUUUGUCACGUCAACGCCGAAAUCCCCGAAAUUCCCAGACGACAGUGCGGCCUACAAACAUGGCCGCCGAGGACUACAACACCCAUCCAGCACAGACUCUCUCUCAUUCAUGUUGUCCUGAUUACUGAUCACACACACACACACACACACACACACACACACACACACACCUGGACUCAAUCACACACUCACAGUAUAUAAGGACUCUCACCGCACUCACUCGCUGUGAAGUAAACGUUCUGUGUUUCUGUACCCGUCUACACCAAGCCGUUGUUUAUCGAGUGUCUGUCUGCUUUUGAUCUCGUUUCUGGUUUUCUCGCUUUGCUCUUGCCUGCCCUAGUUCACGUUGUUUGUUCGUCGCCUGACCCUUGCCUGAAUCCCGACAUCGCCUUAGAUUACGUCUCUGUUUGUUUGUUUGUUUGUUUGUCGUUCUUCAUAAAGUGCCGAAUCCCUGCCCUUGUGUCUGUACCUGCUUCGUGACGUUGUUGAUUCGUGUAACACUUAUCCGUGUUUGUGAAAUCCUCGUCUCGGUGAUGAUGAUGUGAAAAUAAAACACUUUUCAUGUUUACAUUUUCAGCUCCGUGCUGGACCACAAGCGCUAAUAACCAAAUAACACGUUUACACUGUUGUUCAAAAUAAAGCUUGAAAAACUACACCGUGACAGGAUGUGGGACGCGUUACCGGGACGACGGGGAGGUAGAAAAGUGUGUGUUAGUGACGCUGAUGUGGAUUCUGUGUUCAUCUGUGUAUUGUUUAUAUAUUGCUAUAAAUAUCAAAUACACAAGGAGAGCGAUUUGAUUUGGAGUUUUAUUUUCCGUUAUUCUGAAUAAUAAUUUACACGUUAGAAUGUUAAUUUUUCUCUUUAAUAUUUGCAUUUAUUCUCAAUAGAUGAACAGAUGAAAACAUGGGGUUUGAAAUAUUUCAUUUUUUUUCUUUAUGUAUCUUUAUUUAGAUUUACAUCACUAACGUAUAUAAUUGGACCUUUUGUUGUAGCUUUUGGAAUACGUUUCUACAGUUUGAUGAACAGAAAAUUAGCGGUGUUCAACACGUUCCCUGAUGUGUACAAUUCUAAAUAAAUAACGAAAGAAAGAAAGAAAGAAGGAUAAAGCUGUGAGUGCAAUAAGCUUCUGUAUAACGCAUUAAAAACUGUACAAAACAAAGUUCUACAGAGAAACUCGACAAUUCAGGCAAAUCUGCUGUAAAGUCCUGAAACUGUAGAAAUAUCUGCACAUCUGUUCUCUUACUGUGUUAUUUACAGAUGUUUAUUUUUGAGAAUGUAAUGCAGAAUAUAUACAUAUAUAUAUAUAUAUAUAUAUAAACAUAUAACAGCAGGGAAAUAUCGCAAAGCACAACAAAAAAAUCUGCCUCGUGUCUUACAGAGAUAUUUAUUGUAAAUAUUCAAAAUUUUUAUUUCUUUUUUAUCAAUUAACAAAUGAGGAUUAAAUAUGAAACCUCGUAUUAGUAGCAGUUUUAUUUGUUUGUUUGUUUUUCAUAUCUGAAUAAUGAGGUUUAAACACCUGAACUUGCAUUAGCAUCUGGUUGAGUAAUUAAUUAUUUGAUUGGUUGAUGACUAAUUACACCUAUUAUUUAUUUAUUUGUUUAUUUGUUUGUUCGUUUAUGUGCUUUUUAGUGAUCAUUUCAAAACAUUGAAAUGUUUUAUAU